CCUGCCAGUCCAGCAGCUACCCUGAAGCAAUGGCCUUGGGUCUCCUAUGCCUGGGCCUCACCCUGCUGGGUGCUCUGAAGACCUAUGCCUCAGACAUUUCUUCAAACCUGCUCCCUACGUCAUCUCUGAAUGAGGUCCCUUUGCAGCCAGACUUCCAGGAAACAUUGUUCCAGGGGAAGUGGUACGGCAUAGGUGUGGCAGAGAACACAAAUAAGAAGGGAAAGCAAAGGAAGAUAAACAUGUUCAGCACCAUCUAUGAGCUGAAAGAUGACCAUACCUACAAGGUCACCUCCACCCUGCUCAGGGGCCAGGUCUGUGACCACUGGACCAGAACAUUUGUCCCCAGUGUCUACAGUGGCCAGUUCACCCUGGGCAAUAUGCCAAGUUUCUUUCAACUACGGAGCUACACUAUAAAAGUUGUAGCCACCAACUACCAUGAGUUCGCCAUAGUGUAUAUCGAGAAGGAUUUCACAAGCUCGGUGCUCUCCUCGGCCACUCUCUACGGGAGGACCAAGAAGCUGGGUCCAUCCUUAAAGAAGGACUUUGUCAACUUUGCCACAUUUCUGGGCUUCAAUGAGAACACCGUCUUCACUGAGCCCACAGAACAAUGCAUUGAUGACUGAACAGUGCUUCUCAUCUCUUCACCCCCUAUUCUUACUGUCACUUCUACCCAAGAUGCCACCUUGCUGUCCCACCAGCCAUAAUGCCAACAAAAGAGAUGAAAGGCCCUUCUUACGGUGCAAUGCUGCCCAACCAGCCAUCCCAAAGACACCCCUGGGAAGAAGCCUCCCUUGUCUGCUAAAUAAACACGUGACCUCA